AUGACUACUGAUCUUUCUGUUGUUUUUCAUUUGUGUGACCCCGUACAAUAUCCAAUCACUCAGAAGUUGUUCCGUAUUAUUAAAGCAUGUCCAGUUAGUGUUGCCAGUGCUGAACGUAGCUUCUCAACUCUGCGAAGAAUUAAAACAUGGCUAAGAACACGAAUGACAGAAGACAUAUUAGUCGGAUUGGCACUACUUAAUGUACACAGAGACGUUUUAGUAAAUGUUGAAAAUAUAAUUGAGCGUUUUGCGAAGUCAGGAAAUCGUAAAAUAGAAUUCGUUUUAUAA